AUGACGUCCUCCGAACAAUGGAGGGCAUUCCUCCAUCAGUGUCUCAUGCGUCGGAUAGAUGCUGCCGAGUUCAAGAAUUUAUCGAAAAUACUAUUCCGGAGAUGCCCUACCGCCGAGGGUACUCUCCUUGACGUAUUGCUGGAAAUACGUCUAGCAACCGGAAUCAAAUGGGAUCCGCUUCUCCCCCUUUACAUAGACUGUCUCUGCAAGAUGGGCAAGGUUCAGACCUCUACAGUUCUGACGUCACUUUUGAAGUACUCAUCUAUUCAUGACAAGCCGCAGUCUCCUAGCUCUGAGACUGUUCAGAGCAAAAUGGCUUUGAAGUGCUAUACCUUGAUGACGGAUAUCAGAGUUAUACAGGAUGCUAUGCUCUCCGUCUCCACCGGUAGCACCCCAAAGUCACUUGCCGAAGCUGUCGGCAUUUUCUCAGCUAUUAUAGACUGGAUCCAGGCUGUCGUGGCCUGGCAUAAUAACCAUAUAGACCCCAGUCAACAGACAGGCGGGUUGAUGAGCUCCCCGGAUGCAGUUUCCUUGUUCGAGUCGCUAGGAAUCCUCCUUACGGCUCUGUCCGGGACUGGAAAGGGGAUCGAAGUCCUCUCUAGUGACUCCCACGAAGGUAUCCAAGUCUUCUUUUCGCUCAAGGUCAAAUUGGGUCAGGCUCUUUCAGCUUAUCUUCCGCUUUGUAUGGAAGUUUCGCUCCCGCUUCGCAAUAGAUUGGACAGCUUACAGAAAGGAUUCAAUCUGUAUGGGGAGCCGCCAAACAAGUCAUUACAGUCUAUGAUGGACAAUGUGAAUGUGAAUGCGCUUCAAUUCGAGGCCUCUGUUAUGGAUGGGCCUGUCAUAAAUUCGAGAGCUGGUCUCUACAUAUAUAUAAAUGCAAUGGUAUUUCCCAUCACAAAGGUUAUAACUGCUACAUUUGAUGUUCUGUCGAACGCUUUGUAUCGCAACGAAUCCAGUCGAACGAUGUUCCUGUUCCGUUCGUUCUUGGUAAACAAGCUUCCAUCAUUUUUCGCAGCCAUGUUGGCGGCAUCAAUGGUCUCACUACCAAUGGAGAUGUGCAUAAGCCAUGCUCUGAGCCGGCUGGACCCAAAUACGUUCCCAUCUUUCUCCCAGAUGUUCGCAAUGCAAGGCAGUACCGUCCUGUCUGAGGUGCGACCGGAGUUCCUAUUUGCCUGUGCCUCACAUAAAUUGAUCCCUGAGUCCAGCAUUGAGCGCUUGUUAGGUGAAAAUCCUAUGCAAACGCCCCCUGUUGGGUAUAACAAAGACGACCUCGUGUCGCAGAUUAAUACCAACCAGGAACGUGCAGAGCAAUUGGUCAGCGAACUUGAAUCCACAGAAGGCAAUGCGGGCGCUAUUGUCGCAGCCAUUACAGAGGUCAUGCACAACCUCUGCAACCAGAAAGAGACAAUGACUUUGAAAAGUAUUUGCAAUUCGCUUUCCAGGCGCCCUCAGGCUCUUGAUGUAAUUCUCUUAUUCCGUAGCGCAAAGCAGGUACUGCAACCCCUUUGCGCUUUGUUGGAUUCCUGGCACUGGGACGAGGAUCAGGGAGAGAGCCAGCCUGUCUACGAUGAGUUCGGUAGCAUUCUGCUACUUGUACUAACCUUCAAAUACCGAUAUGAUCUACGGCCAUAUGAUCUCGGAAUCACGAGCAACGACUCUUUUGUUCUGAAAUUACUGGAUUGCGGGUCUUCCAGCCAAAAUUUGGAUGAUCUGAGCGAGAAGCAAAAUAGAAACCUUGGUGCGUGGAUUACAGCGCUUUUUAUAGCUGAGGGAAUCAGCGAAGAAACCAUGUCAUCCUGCAGCCCGCAAGAGUUUUAUCUUCUUGUGACCACCUUAUUCAAUCAAAGCCUGACAGCGUGUGAAGCGGGGAAACUGGAGUUUGACACUCUGAAGGGAGGGUUUGAAUUCGUCGCUUUGACCUGGCUGGGCAACCAUAUCUGGGAGACCGAGAGUGACCCCACAAUUCCAUUGAAGACGUUACAGUCUCUAGUCAAUCCCAGCUCAAUAUCUGGAGAUGCGAGAGAAAUCCAUAAGACGGUACUGAAUAUCACCGCGCGCUCGCUGGAUGAGCAACUCAAGGAUAUCCGGUCGCGCCAUCCGAACCGGGCGGAUAUCAAACCUAUUCUGGAUGUUCUUGAGCCCUGCUUGUCCUUCCAGCGGACAGGUAGUUGCCACCGGUCAGAGCUCGACAGCUGGACCACUCACUCACCUGGAGGCUUACUUGGUAGUAUCCGAAGCACUUUUCAAGGGCUUGUACUUUGGAGCACAAGCCCCGGUGUGAGCAUGGCUCCACAUUCCUACACGCAUCGGCAGCUUGUGGCUGGCAUCCGAAUGCUCGGUUCUGCACGCGUACUCACCGCUAUUGUCGACGAGUUAAAGAUGCAGACCGAAACAGGCAAUGCUGACCUUGCCCUUGAUAUCGCAGUGACCAUGAUCUGCGCGCCAUUAGCCGAGUCCUUUGCCAUAGAACAGAGCAAUUACCAUCCCGUGGAUCCCAACAAGGAACCUCUUCCACGAUGCCCGGUUCUCACCCUUCGCGAUGCGCUCAAUUUGCAACAUGAAAAUGUACCCAAGCUAUCGGAAAAGGAUCCAUUGCGCGCCGAGGUUAUUGUACGUCUGUACCGUCGAGUAAACGCCCUGAUGACACCGACGUCGCAGAUGCCCAACCUGGACAUGAGCAAUAUCAUCCAGGAUAUGCAAUUAGGGGUUGAAGAUCACGGCCAGAUGGACCUCGAGCCAGCAGGCGCAGGGCACGGCGUCGGAGAUGAUGACGCCGCUAAUCUGAACCGCAUGCUGGACAACGCCGCAGCGGCAGCGGCAGCCGGACUAGACAGCGGGAUGGGACAGGGUAUGGGUGGAGGGCUUGAUACAAGCAUUGACGAUGUCUUGAAUGCGGCCGACAUGGCAGUUGGGAACCCAGAGUUCCUCGAUCUCGACAUGGAGGGCAUGUUCUGA